AUGUUGACAAACAAAGUGUUCAUGAAGAAAACCAAACGCGGCAAUAUUCUGAAAAUUGUUCGCGAACACUACUUGCGGGAUGACAUCUGGUGCGGUUCGGCAGCCUGCCAUAAGUGCCCUCUGGAAGAGAAUGCAGUACUGCUGGAUAAAGUUCCGAAAUCCGUUAGCGAGCGUUAUCCCUUCCCGCACUAUCUGCUACUGGAUACGAAUAUCAUACUCUAUCAGAUGGAUCUGUUAGAGGAGAGCGCAAUCCAGAACGUGAUCAUCCUCAACACGGUGAUGGAUGAGGUGAAGCAUCGGAGUGCAGUAAUAUAUAAACGUUUGCGAGCGAUACUGUCCAAUCCAGAGCGAAGGUUCUACACCUUCGUCAAUGAACACCACAAGGAUACGUACGUGGAGCGAAUGCCCGGCGAAUCGGCGAACGACCGGAACGACCGUAUGAUCCGGACGGCGACGGAAUGGUACGAGGAACAUCUCCGUCAGAGAAAGGGGAAAGAUACAUGCGUACGCAUCGUAUUGCUCUCGGACGAUGCCGAUAAUCGGGCUAAAGCCAUCGAGCUCGGUCUGAACACGUGUUCCGCGGUGGAAUACAUGGAAGCUGCAAAGGAGAAUUACGCGCAUCUGCUGGAUAAGAUUGCUCAGCGUGACAUAGUGUGCGCCUCAAAGGAUCCACUAUUCCCAUCGCAUCUGACCGUAAUGCAGAUACACGAAGGCAUCAAGAAUGGAAAGUUGAUGCAGGGUGGGUUUUUGGCUUCGCGAGAAAAUUACCUCGAGGGGUAUGUGCGGGUCGAAGGCAUUGAGAAAGCGGUCCUCAUUCAGGGACGUAUGAAUCUGAACCGUGCCGUCGAUGGAGAUUUAGUGGCGAUCGAAAUGCUGCCCGAGAGCGAAUGGAAAGCCCCGAGCGAUGUGGUGCUGGUGGAUGAACAGAACGACCCGGGCGAUAUGGUAGAACCGGAUCCAACAUUCAGCGUAAAGCCAACGGCAGAACGUGAACCAACAGCAAAAGUGGUUGGCAUUAUUAAAAGGAAAUGGCGCCAGUACUGUGGGAUUCUAAUACCCAGCCACAUCCAGGGUUCAACUCGUCACAUUUUUGUGCCGGCAGAACGCAAAAUUCCGCGCAUUCGAAUCGAAACGCGGCAAGCCGCGACCCUCCUAUCCCAACGUAUUAUUGUAGCGAUAGACCAGUGGCCACGCCAUUCGCGCUACCCGCAGGGUCAUUUCGUGCGUGCGCUCGGACCGAUCGGUUCAAAGGAAACGGAGAAUGAAGUUAUUCUGCUAGAGCAUGACGUGCCGCACAAUCGUUUCUCAGAGGACGUACUAGCCUGUCUGCCGCAGAUGCCAUGGGUAAUCACAAGCGAAGAUUUAAAGCGCCGAGUAGACUUGCGCGGUAUUACCAUCUGCUCAGUAGAUCCGCCCGGAUGUACGGACAUUGAUGAUGCUCUGCACGCUCGCCGUUUACCUAACGGGAACAUUGAAGUAGGCGUUCACAUUGCAGACGUAAGUCAUUUCAUUCGACCGGACACUGCGAUUGAUCGGGAAGCUGCCAGUCGCGCCACAACCGUUUAUUUGGUCGAUAAGCGUAUCGACAUGGUACCGGAGCUUCUCAGUUCCAAUCUUUGUUCGUUGCGCGGUGGCGAAGAACGAUUCGCAUUUUCCUGUAUCUGGGAGUUGGACGAUGAGGCAAACAUAAAGCAGACGAAGUGCCACAAAAGUGUGAUCAAGUCGAAAAAUGCACUCACCUACGAAGAGGCACAAAUUAUCAUCGAUGACUCAAAGCAAACGAAUGAGGUGGCCACUUCGUUGCGAAUGCUGAACAGGCUCGCUAAAAUCUUGAAAAAACGGCGCACGGAGAAAGGGGCCUUGGUGUUGGCUUCGCCUGAAAUUCGUUUCCACGUGGAUAGCGAGACACACGAUCCUAUCGACGUGAAGGCGAAGCAACUGCUAGAAACUAACUCGAUGGUGGAGGAAUUCAUGUUGCUCGCGAACGUUUCGGUUGCGGAGAAGAUCGAACAAGAGUUUCCCGAGUGUGCGAUGUUGCGUCGCCAUCCAUGUCCUCCCCAGUCAAACUACGAGCCACUGGUGAAGGCUGCACAACAUCAGGGCUUCGAGAUUGUAACAACAAGCGGAAAGGAACUAGCAUCCAGCUUAGACAAUGCAGUAAACCCGGAAAAUCCAUACUUCAACACGAUGCUGCGCAUACUGGCCACGCGAUGUAUGAUGCAAGCCGUCUAUUUCAUCAGUGGCACUCUGCAGCGGGAUGAAUUUUUCCAUUACGGUUUGGCCGCUCCGAUUUACACUCACUUCACGUCUCCGAUUCGUCGUUAUGCUGACAUCAUUGUGCACCGUUUGCUGGCCGCUUGUAUCGGGGCAGAUUCUACCUAUCCGGAGCUGCUUGACAAAAAGAUUAACUCUAACCUGUGUAACAACCUCAACUACCGUAACCGAAUGGCACAGUACGCUGGUAGGGCGUCCGUUGCUUUGCACACGCAUCUGUUCUUCCGCAAGCGAUCGGAGGAUGAGCAAGCGUACAUCUUAUUCGUUCGCAAGAACGCCCUCCAGAUACUGGUGCCAAAGUAUGGAUUUGAGGGAACGAUUUAUGUGACAGGGCGUAAUAACGAAGAAAUCAAAACGGGCGUCCGGUUCGUGUACGACGAGGAGAAACAGACGCAGCGUUGCGGAAAUAUUGUGUUCAAAGCGUUCGAUCCCGUCGUCGUACGGUUGAGCCUGGAUUCGACGAAUGUACAGCACGAGAAGCUUGUUUUUGAACUGGUGGAACCAUACAUUGAAGGAUUUAGCGUGAAGCCGGAUGGCAGCGUGGCGGAUAUUGAAGCACCGAAACGGAAAAGCGACCAGACCCCUGAGAAAUCGAAGAAAAGCAAAAAAGGACAUGUGAAACGAACGCUCAUGUAA